AUGUCACUCUUUCGUUUUCUUUCGAAUAAGGUCGGUACUGGUUCAGGUUCGAUUGCUGGUGCUCAUACUGUAGCUACAUCAUCAUCACCAUACGGGGCUGUUGCUGGUGGUCAUGGUCAUGAUUCGCAUGUUGCUCCAUGGGAAGGUGUGAAUCUUUGGCGUACACCAUUCAAAGGUGAUACUGAUACAGUUACACAAGUAAAACGUACUAAAGGUACACUUGAUCGAUAUGUUGAAAAUCGUGUUCGUCGUAUUCAACAAUUACAGAUCGAAGCUUUACGUAACAAGACUACACCAACUUGGGUUAUGAUGCCACGAGAUAGACUUCUUCUUGCAGCUCAAGGUAUUAUAUUGAUGAAUCCACCGAAUAAAUCAUCAACUAUCGAUGGUUGGAAUGACCCACCAGCUAAUCUUGCUUUAUCUGAUAAUAUGUCAACAAAACGUGUUUUACUUAAUAAACGCGUUCCACAUACAAAUCAAGAUCCGACUUCAACAAAUAAUCCUUCGAAUAUUUUAACAGCACCACCAAUAUGUUCUCCAUCAACAACAUCUACACCUAUUUCAUCAGAUAAUGAUACUUCAUCAAAAAAUGAUCUAUUAACUAUUGAAGAAAUGAAUGAAAUAUUUAAAAAACAACUUAAAAAAUUAGAAGAUUCAUCAAGUGUUGAAAAAAAAAUUCUCGAAGAUAUUUAUAAAAAAUUUCAAGUUAUGCAUGACGAAUGGUGUCAAGAUAAAUUAUCAUUAAAUACAAAACAAACAUUAUCAAAUAUAUUUCGUGAACUCGAUUCGAAUCAUGUACAACAAGCAUUUGAUAUGCAUGUGGUAUUGGUUCGAAAUGCAAGUUCAGAAGUUGUUCGUUUUAUUGUUGGUAUUAAACGGUUAAUACAAGAGUUACAGCGAUUAUCUAAUUAA